CAACCACACUUACACACCACCAGCACCCGCAAUUGCAAUUGCAAUUGAGAGGACAGCUUUUGAGUGCGAUGACCAGUGUCGACUACAACCACCAACGCCGCUCAACCCUCCACCUACCCUCCCUUUCCCUCUCCUCCUCCUCCUCCUCCUCCUCACCUGCACCCUCACCCCACAACUCGCCCUCAACACUCAACCCAGACAUCAACUACUACCCUACCUCCAGCUCUUACAAUCAUAACAUGGUCGCUAGAGGCUACAGAAAUAGUAGUUCGGCAGCGAGCUCGAAAUUCCUUCCCAGUCCUAUAAGCCCGACGUUUGGAGGACACAUCAGCCCGUUAAGUCCGACGGGGACGUUUGGGGUUAAGGAGGCGUGUUAUCUCGGACGUGGGUCGCAGGCUUCGACAAUGUAUACCGGCACCUCGCUUUCGCAUUCCUUGGUCGAGAUCACCGAGGACUCCGUUUCGCCCAGAUCCCAGAAGAUUUCGCAGAGAGUCUCGCUUGGAGCCGUGGCAGGGAGUGGACCAAACGUCGUCCCUGUCGGUGCAGGAAUCGGGAGAGUAGGCAUGCUGAGGCAAAGAAGAGAAAGCAAGUUCUCAGAUUACGACACAGAGGAGGAGAGAUCUGUGCGGCAUUCGUAUGUCACGACCACGUCCACCGACGAUACCGACAAUGAACUCGAUGCUGGAUGUCUAGAUGCGGAAGAUGCGGAGGACUUGGAAGACGUGGGGUGGGAUGCACAGGCUUUGCUUCAGUGCUUGAGGAGACAGAGUCUCCAAAUCCGACAAUUGCAGAAAGAAAUGCGCGUCCUCGAACGCCGAGUCGCAUCCGUCGACCUGUCAUCCUCCACCGCCGCCGCCGCCGGCGCCCUUUCUACUCGUGAUGCGUCAUUCGGAAGUGGACACCUCUGCAUGUCCGCCUACUCCCACGGGGGAUCAAUGAGCGUUGAGGUGGACAGCCCGGUUGUAAGGGAGAGGAGACCAACGCUGCCGCCUAGCCCACCGCAGAGUGCGCAUGACCUCAAGCUGCGCCAAUUACCACUGUCUCAAGGUAACUUCUUGACGAUGGAUUCGGAGGUGGAGGAUGUCGAGGAGGAGCAGGAGCCGGUUAUUCCCCCGCCUCCAUUGCCGCCGCAUCGUGCGUCCAUUGCCAACGGGCUCAUGUUACCUCCUGCUAGGAGUGGGAGUAUCUCGAUUGCGUUCCCGGUGCCGCAGAGGGGCAGUAUCGCAAUCCCAUCUGUGAGCAGGGAUAGGAUGUCGAGCGUGGCCUUGGGGAGGGAGAGAAUGGGCAGUGUGGUGAGUAGAGCGAUGUCCAUCGUCUCGGCUGUACGUGCCGCGAGCGAGUAUCAGGGUUCGGAGUAUGAAUACUCUGUUUCGCCUGGGACGGACGUCGCUGGUAUUGGCGCAUGGUUUGAGAGGGAGGAGGUGAGGGAGGAGGAGCAGGAGGAGGAAAGGGAGUUUAAUAGGGAUGGGUGGUGGGAGAGUCAGGUCAAGGGUGCGUAUUGGGAUGGGGAGAGUGUUAGUCCCAGGAGUUCGUUUGGAUGUUAAACCUUUCGUAUGGAGUCAUGUUGUGAUUCAGCGAGUACAGUUCUUUACGACGAGGGACUGCUGGAAGGUAUCUCGGAUAUGGAUAUGGAGUUUUGUCGAUUACAGUUUAUACUCCGA